UUAAAAUAGGGCGAUCGCAAUCGUAUACUCGCAAAACGACUUCAAAUCCACCACCGUAUCGGACAACUCUUUUCAUUUCUCCCGCCAAAACCCAGGGGGGCCGGGACUUUCAACACCAUAAGCGCAUAAGCAAAACCCCAAACCGCUGCACCUGCAUUAUCUCUCCACCGCCAUGUACGGAGCACAACGGAGAAGCUUAAGCUCGAACUACGGCUCCUCCUACGCACCUGAUCUCCACACCAUCUGGCCUCUCUACUUUGCUCAAAUCGAGCUCGGCGACGACAAGCCAUGGCUCAGUCUCACACACUCCCUCAUCGGCUUCUUCUCCACGACGCCGGGGCAAGCUCUCCUUUCCCAGGUGAAGGAUGAUGGUGGUGUGGCGGUGUUGCCGAUUGAUUUCGAGCAAUUUCGAAAAAUUUGUGAUGUUGAGGAGUUUUAUGAAGCUUUAGAGGAGAAACCCAAGAUAACCCUCUUAUGCAUGAGUGCUGCAGUUCACAAAGUCCUGCUGACUCAAUGGGACAAUUGCAGGGUAGAGGACGGUACCAAAAUUAAUAUUCGAUUGCAUAACUACCCCGAAUCCAUGAUUGCCUUGAAGAACUUAAAAGCUGCAUGUAUUGACAAGAUUGUAUCUGUGCGUGGUACAGUAGUAAAAGUUAGCAAUGUCAAACCUUUUGUGGUGCAAAUGGAUUUUGACUGUGUGAAGUGUAAAACAAGUAUUACACGCAUGUGUCCUGAUGGGAAAUUUUCACCGCCAACAACAUGCGAUCUAAAUGGGUGCAAGAGCAGAAAUUUUGACCCCAUUCGAUCUACUGCUGUGACGAUAGAUUUUCAGAAGAUAAGGAUACAGGAGCUACUAAAGCCUGAAGAUCAUGAAGAAGGCAGGAUGCCUCGAACAGUAGAAUGUGAACUUUUUGAAGAUCUUGUUGAUGCAUGCAUCCCAGGAGAUGUGGUGACUCUCACUGGGAUUAUAAGAGUCAUUAACAAUUACAUGGACAUUGGAGGAGGCAAAUCGAAGGGAAAAACUCAAGGAAUUUACUAUUUGUAUCUAGAAGCUAUUUCCAUUAAAAACACAAAGUCACAAUCUAUGCCCGAGGAUUUACAAGAUUCUAGUUCUAAUGACAGACCUAUGGCACUUGUUGAUCUUUCCUCAUUUUCCCCAAGGGAUUUGGAAUUCAUUGUGAAGUUCACAGAGGAACAUGGUCCAGAUACCUUCAGGCAACUACUUCAAUCUAUUUGUCCAUCAAUCUUUGGUCACGAGCUUGUUAAAGCGGGAAUAUUGCUGGCACUCUUUGGAGGUGUGCGGAAGAAUUCAAAUGAUCAGAACAAGGUUCCUGUUAGAGGAGAUAUCCAUGUCAUAAUUGUUGGUGAUCCCGGACUAGGCAAGAGCCAGCUUCUCCAAGCAGCGGCAGCCAUUUCUCCACGAGGCAUUUAUGUGUGUGGUAAUGCCACAACCAAAGCUGGCCUCACUGUUGCUGUUGUAAAGGAUCCUAUGACAAGUGAUUAUGGUUUUGAAGCUGGUGCAAUGGUAAUUGCGGACAGUGGGUUGUGCUGUAUUGAUGAGUUUGACAAAAUGUCUUCAGAGCAUCAGGCUCUACUGGAAGCCAUGGAACAACAGUGUGUCUCAGUCGCAAAGGCUGGACUGGUGGCAAGUUUGUCGGCACGAACUUCUGUCUUAGCAGCUGCAAAUCCUGUUGGUGGUCAUUAUAACCGUGCAAAAACAGUGAAUGAAAAUUUGAAAAUAAGUGCUGCUCUCUUAUCGCGAUUUGAUUUGGUUUUCAUAUUACUUGACAAACCUAAUGAACUUUUGGAUAAGCGAGUCUCAGAACACAUCAUGUCACUUCAUGCUGGAUCUAGAGAAAAUUCGCCAGCUGCAAAAAAGAUUCGUAGAGCAUCACAGAGUGCGGAAGGCAUAGAUAUUAGUGGAGAAGGUGGUUCUUUGGUUUCAAGAUUGAGGCUUGACCCGAAGAAGGAUGAGGAUUUUGUUCCAUUACCAGUACAACUCCUCCGCAAGUAUAUUGCUUAUGCAAGAACUUUUGUGUUUCCUAGGAUGUCAAAGCCUGCAGCAGAAAUCCUGCAAAAGUUUUACUUAAAACUGAGAGACCAUGCGACAUCUGCUGAUAGCACACCAAUAACAGCAAGGCAAUUAGAGAGUCUGGUGAGGCUGACCGAAGCUCGAGCGAGGCUAGAUUUGAGAGAAGAAAUAACAGCCCAAGAUGCAAUGGAUGUGGUUGAAAUCAUGAGAGAAUCCUUGUAUGACAAGUACAUUGAUGAGCAUGGUGUUGUGGAUUUUGGUCGGAGUGGAGGGAUGAGUCAACAAAAAGAAGCAAAACGGUUCUUAAGUGCCCUCAAUAGGCAAUCAGAGUUGCAGCAGAAAGACUGUUUUACAAUUUCUGAAAUAUACAGUUUGGCAGAUAGGAUUGGUCUAAGAGUUCCAGACAUCGACACAUUUGUUGACAACUUAAACAGUGUUGGUUAUCUACUGAAGAAAGGAGCAAAGACAUACCAGGUACUAUCAUCGUCUUAUUCUCGGAGUCAAUCGUCCUCAAGAUCAAGAGGCUAAGGUUAGUGCAGCAGUUCACGCCACAUCGAAAUUUGUUCAUCUUUCUUGUAAAGUUUGUUUCAGAAGCAAAAGCACUUGCAGAAUCUAAAGCCAAAUUGUAUUAGAUUUUCGAAAUGGAUAAUUUUGUAGUCGAAACAGUGGCCUGGAUAUUUAACACACACAUAUCAAAUGUGUUCUGUGAAGGACCAAAUUAUCUAUUGCCUAUAAUGUAACAUGAUUAUAUUACA